AUGAACUCACCUGUCUUCCCCGGCAGCUGUUGGCGUCUGGGCAGCAAAGGUCUCCACACCACGGCGGGGUUUCUGAAGAAGACUGGCACCGAGCACUGGUGGCUGGAGCGGCACCUGAGGGACCCCUUCGUCAAGGCAUCGAAGCGGCAGCAUUACCGUUGCCGAAGUGCCUUCAAAUUACUGGAGAUGGAUGACAAGCUGCAUAUUCUUCGUCCAGGACUUUCCGUUCUUGACUGUGGAGCAGCACCUGGUGCUUGGAGCCAGGUUGCUGUAGAGAGGGUCAACGCCUUAGGUACUGAUCCUGCUGUCCCCAGUGGCUUCGUCCUUGGCGUUGACCUCCUGCGGAUUUCUCCUCUGGAAGGAGCAGUCUUCCUGUCGGAGGCUGACAUUGCAGACCCAAGCACGCUGAGGACGAUUCAGAGUCUGCUUCCUGCGGAGAAGGUGGAUGUUAUCCUGAGCGACAUGGCACCUAAUGCGACAGGCAUUAAAGAACUGGAUCAUCAGAAGCUGAUCAAUCUAUGUUUAGGCCUCCUGAAUCUGUCCCAAAGUAUUUUAAAGCCGAAAGGAACGAUGCUGUGUAAAUUCUGGGAUGGACAUGAAUCCCGUCUUCUGCAGAACAGACUGAAGGAGCAGUUCCAAGACGUGAGAGCUGUAAAGCCUCAGGCCAGCCGGAAGGACUCUGCUGAGUCCUAUUAUUUGGCAAGAGCGUACAAAGGGAAGUGAAAGCCGAGAGCUGCAGAUUUUCAGACAGGUGAUCAGACAUUGAUUGGAAAUCUGAAUUUGGCAUGUGUGUAAAGAAGAAUCCCACCAUUAAGAGCCC